AUGACGUAUGCAAACUGUGUGCCUCUAACCCCUCCUUCUCCUCUUCAACCUGUGACUCCGGUGCAGGCCCAGCUGUCCCAGGCCUUGAAUGGCGUUUCCGACAAGGCGAAGGAGGCGAAGGAGUUCCUGGUGCAGCUGAAGAACAUUCUGCAGCAGAUCCAGGAGAACGGGCUGGACUAUGAAGCCUGCCUGGUCGCUCAGUGUGACGCGCUGGUCGAGGCUCUGACGCGGCAGAAGGCCAAGCUGCUCACCAAGGUCACGAAAGAGAGGGAGCACAAGCUGAAGAUGGUCUGGGACCAGAUCAACCACUGCACGCUGAAGCUGCGCCAGUCCACGGGGCUGAUGGAGUACUGCCUGGAGGUGAUCAAGGAGAACGACCCCGCCGGCUUCCUCCAGAUCUCGGACGCCCUGAUCAAGCGAGUCCAGGUGUCUCAGGAGCAGUGGGUCAAAGGCGCCCUGGAGCCCAAGGUGUCCGCGGAGUUUGACCUGACCCUGGACAGCGAGCCACUGCUGCAGGCCAUCCACCAGCUGGAUUUCAUCCAGAUGAAAUGUAGGGUGCCGCCCGGACCCCUGCUGCAGCUGGAGAAGUGCUGCACCCGCAACAACAGCGUCACGCUGGCCUGGAGGCUGCCGCCCUUCACCCACAGCCCCGUGGACGGCUACAUCCUGGAGCUGGACGACGGCGACGGGGGGCAGUUCCGGGAGGUGUACGUGGGCAAGGAGACCCUAUGCACCAUCGACGGCCUCCAUUUCAACAGCACCUACAACGCCAGGGUCAAGGCCUUCAGCUCCUCUGGCGUCGGGCCUUACAGCAAGACCGUGGUCCUGCAGACGUCGGACGUGGCCUGGUUCACCUUUGACCCCAACUCUGGGCACCGGGACAUCAUUUUGUCCAACGACAACCAGACGGCCACCUGCAGCAGCUACGACGACCGGGUGGUGCUGGGCACGGCGGCCUUCUCCAAGGGUGUGCACUACUGGGAGCUGCACGUGGACCGCUACGACAACCACCCGGACCCCGCCUUCGGGGUGGCCCGGGCCAGCGUGGUCAAGGACAUGAUGCUAGGCAAGGACGACAAGGCCUGGGCCAUGUACGUGGACAACAACCGCAGCUGGUUCAUGCACUGCAACUCCCACACCAACAGGACGGAAGGCGGCGUGUGCAAGGGGGCCACUGUGGGCGUGCUGCUGGACCUGACCCAGCACACCCUGACCUUCUUCAUCAACGGCCAGCAGCAGGGCCCCACGGCCUUCAGCCACGUGGACGGGGUCUUCAUGCCGGCCCUCAGCCUCAACCGCAACGUGCAGGUCACUCUGCACACAGGACUGGACGUGCCAACCCACCUGGGGCGGCCCAAGCUGGCCGGCAACUAGUCCCCCCACUCCCGCCCCACAAGGGUGUCUGGGAGGAGCCCGCCACCCCUCGCUGAGAUCAACAACCACGCGGGCCGAUGGAUGACCACGUCGCGGUGCCCCCCCGAGGCCCCUGAGUAUCUUAGAGACAUGUUUGCUUUGGGGGACGGAAGAUGGGUCGCAGGCUGGGCCUGCCGUGGCCGCUGUGGGUGGGGGACACGGGGGUGAGCUCCCCUCGUUCCCCCCAGACGGUUCAGUACUCACAGAGGACCUUGCUCCUGGGAGUGAGAAGGGAUCGGGGUGUAUGGUUUCCUGCCAUCUGUUCCCAAAGCUUGUCUUGUGGGGAGGAGGGUGGAGGCGGAGAGAAAGGCAAACUUGGUGACUGUGGUCCUGAGAGCAGCAGACAGGAGACCCUAUGGCCCGGUGUCCCCAGGGCCCGCCCAUUGCCAGGAGAAGGUCUUGAGCUUUUGGGUCCUGGAGCUUCAGUGAGUUCUGCCACUUGCAGACGAACCAGGAUCCAUGGGAAAGGGCGCUACGCAUUCAUGCGAUCCUCAGCCGCUCGCUGAACUGUUAAACGCCUUCUAAAUGGUUUCCUUAGGUCCCCCAUCCCCGCCCCCCGCCUCUCUCUCUCUCUCUCUCUCUCUCUCUCUCUCUCUCUCUCUCUCUCUCACACACACACACACACACACACACACACACACACACACACACACACACACGCAAUCGUCUGCUGAAGUGAACCCACUCUGUCCUUAGUUCCUAAACAGAAGGAAAUCCUGGAACUGGAAUUGGAGUGACCAGGUGACACACCUCCACCUGGGGGUGGCUUCUCUGGAACGGGCUCCCCAGUGAUCUGCAAGCUGUCCCAGAGAGCUGGCCACUGCUGCUCUGAGACCCAGCUGUCUGCCAUCAUGAAAGCACCAUGAGCAAGAAGCGGCCGCAAUGGCAACCGGGCGGACGGGACCCCCCUGAAGAGGCAGCAAUACUGUUCCUUGUCCCCCAGCUUCCCGGAUGGGCCUGGGUGUGCUGAGGCCACAGGGAGCACCCACCUCCUCCCUCCCCUCCCUGCUGGGAGCACCCACCUUCUGCCUGGAGACCCAUCGGAGUCAGGUCCAUCUCUCAGAAAAAGAUCUCACUCCUCCCUCACCCCCUUUGUGUCCCCCGCACCUCCCUCUGCAGGUGGACGAAACCUCCCUCAUUUUUGCAGGAAUAUAUUUUACAAGCAUUUUCUUUCUGAGGCCGGGGAGCGACUAGUCUCUUUGCUGGAUGGGCUUUUUCUAUAACUCAGUCCGGACACCAGCACCACCGGUGUCUACUCGGCUCCGGCCGCUUGUCAGACACCGCCCUUGCUUUCCGAGUGACGCUAGCGCCCUGCAGACCCUGCCUCUGGUCAGCAGAUCCGACGACUACGAUCCUACCUCGAGCCCCCGCUCCUGCUGCGGCCACAGGGUGGCCAGCUGGGCCAGCUGCCCGGUGGCCUCAGGAGCUGUCUGGUGCUGUGCCCAAGCCUCGCCCACCAAGGUCCUCAUCUGUGCAGCCGCCUCUCUGCUCGGCACCCACAGUCCUCAGUUUCUCUCCUUCACCGCUGCUCUGGGUGGACUCAGCCUGGAGGGGAGAGAGUCCUGAAGACGGGGGACACAGAGGCCCCACGGCUUCCUGGACCCGCAGAGCCAUGGCCGGCAGGGCCAGCUGCACCAGCUUUGGGAAACGUCUCCUGGAAACGACGAAGCCAGUGCCCCGGGAAUAGGAGCGCAGCUGGGAAAUCAGGCAGGGCUGCCUGGUGGAGGGGGCCUUUUACCACAGUGGAACCCAGAUGGGAGGCGGGGAGCUCCCCGCAUCAUCGGAGCUCUGCGUCUUUGGAGGGGAGAUGCCCAAGCUCAGCCCGGACUUGGUGUCAGCUGGGAGAGCCAGCACCGAGGUCCCAGGGAGAAGGGACGUUCCCACAGUUUCAGGUGCCUCUUUGGGAAGAAAAAUGUCCUGAAAUUCAGGGAGAAGCCACCAAAACACCCUGCCCCCUCCCACCGCGGCCAGCAGGCCGGGAGGUCCCGUGGGCACCAACACGGGAUGGUCCUCCCUUCCCCAACUCCACCGGGAGCGCAGAGCCAUACGGCUGAUGCCAGGGACGGCGCCCGGCCGUCCCACGGCCACCCCUCCUGUCUCAGCAUAGGACACCGUUCAGGGACAAGAAUGGACGUGGGAGGGAAGCCAGGUUCGUGCCACACGCAGUGUGUUUGGGGGUCGGCAGCUCGGAGCAGGGACUCAGCAGCCCGUGGCUGUGCGUCACCCUCCCAGGAGGCCCUGGCCAUCAGAGAAGCCACGGGCCGGGGGCAUCUCAUCGGCCACCGAAUCCCCCGACCUUUACACCGCGGUGACAUUCUCCUACGGAAAAUUAUAUCAAGAGGAUGCUCUGUUGGGCCGGCGGAGGAGUAGCCUGGUCCAUCUCCCCAGAAGUUUCUGCGAGAAGGGAAUUCAGAGUCGCGUCCAAGGUCAGGCUCCUCGCCUAGCCGAUGAUGCCUCGGUUUCGGUUUUGUACGUAGUUCCCCCGGAGUUUGUCCUUUGCUGGUGAGCAAGCUCGGGUUUUCCGUGUAGAAUGAAUCUCUUUAAAAAGUUCCCAAUCGCAUCUCACUCCUAGCCUCCUAGCCGCUAAUUCAUAACAAGCUAAGACCUUCCAGUGGUUCUCAACCUUCUGGCCCUUUAAAUACAGUUCCUCAUGUUGUGACC